AUGCAUGAAAUUUUCCAAAGUAAAAAAACACCCCCAGACUUCCACGAACUUGUAAGACGAGGCAAAUCUACGUUGGGCAUGAUGGCGACCGACAAUAUUUCUGGACCUCCAGCUAAGAAGAGAAAAACAAAGUCAAAGGACCCAAAUGCUGUGACCGUCGGAGGAAAAGUCAUUUCUCUUGAGGGUUACCUCACAGCACCCUCCAAGCCUAAAGAAGCAGCAGCAGCAAAAGUAUCGACAACAACACCCGACGAAACUGCUGAAAAGACAGAAACCACAGCCACUGUAGCAGAGAAGAAAGAUCCCAUACAGCACAAGACAAGAAAGGAACCCAAGGAUCGACAGGCAAAAGGUCAUUAUAGCGAAAAAGCACGAAGUCGAGAAGACCCAAAACUGCUUAAAACUCGCAAACAGCUUCCUAUUUGGCAGUAUCGUGAGGAUAUCCAACAAGCGCUACGGAACAACAGUGAUGUUCUCGUUCUAGUGGGUGAGACAGGUUCCGGUAAAAGUACGCAGGUCCCUCAGUUUUUGUACCAGGAGCCUUGGUGUAGGCGCCAACGGAUCAAGAUCGCUGGAUCCGACGAAGAAGUUGCUGUCGGGGGCACGAUCGCUAUUACGCAACCCCGACGAGUCGCUGCGACAACACUGGCCCAUCGAGUUGCUCAGGAAGCCGGCACGCCGUUAGGGAAAGGUCGAUCAGAUGGUCUGGUUGGUUAUUCAGUUCGGUUCGACCAUCAAGUGCCAAAGGGUUCGCGGAUCAAAUUCUUGACCGAGGGUAUGCUGCUGCAGGAACUGUUGCGAGACCCUAACCUCAAGAAUUACAGCGCGAUCGUGGUCGAUGAGAUUCACGAGCGAAGUCUUGACGUUGAUCUUCUGGUCGGUUUUCUGAAACAGAUUCUCGCCAGUGAUCUGUCUGGCCGCGGUGGCAUCCCUCUUAAAGUUGUCAUCAUGAGUGCUACAGCGGAUGUGGAGGGUAUCCAGGAGUUCUUUAAAGACAUCCGUCCUAAGGCAAAAGAUGAGAACACGCUCCAAGUUCUCAAGAUUAAGGGACGACAAUAUCCCGUAACGGUGUACCACGAGCCACGCCCAGUACCCGAUCUUCAAGACGCGCUUCUGCAGGCGAUCUACAAGAUCCACUUGCAGGAGAAACUUCCUGGAGAUAUUCUUGCUUUCCUGACAGGCCAAGAAGAGAUCGAGGCGGCGCAGAAACUGAUUGAAGAAUACGCUGCGACAUUGGCCAGCAAUGUCCCCAAAAUCAAGGUCUUCCCGUUGUAUGGUCAGUUGUCGAUGGAUGCGCAACGUGAGGCCUUCUUGCCCGUCAAGGCAUCGUUUACUCGAAAGAUCGUGCUGGCAACAAAUAUUGCCGAAACAUCAGUUACUGUACCCGGAGUCAGAUAUGUGGUCGAUUGCGGAAAAGCCAAGGUGAAGCAAUAUCGAGCUCGUCUUGGCAUGGAAUCUCUCCUCGCAAAACCUAUCUCGAAAUCAUCUGCUGUCCAACGAACUGGUCGAGCUGGUCGUGAAGGUCCAGGUAAAUGUUUCCGGCUGUACCCAGAAACGGCGUUCAAGACGCUGCAAGAUUCUGAUCUCCCGGAAAUCCUUCGCAAUGAUGUCCUGGGAGCCGUGUUGACUAUGAAGGCGCGCGGAAUCCAGGACGUUUUGUCGUUUCCUCUCAUGGAUCCUCCGGAAACAGAAGCGAUCGAAAAGGCACUGAUUCACUUGCACUUUCUUGGCGCUCUGAACGACGAUGGAACCAUCACCAAGACUGGCGAGACCAUGGCCCGUUUCCCUAUUUCUGCACCUAUGGGAGCUGUGCUACUUGCUGCUGCUGAUCCCGAAUUUGAUUGCGUGGUUGAAGUCAUCGACAUCAUCUCUUGUAUUACAUCUGGAGAAGACAUCUUCCUGAGUAUCCAAUCCGAGGAGGCACAGGAAGAAGUUGAGACAUACCGAAAGGAGCUCCAGCGCCGCGAAGGAGAUAUCAUCACAUAUCUCACGGCUAUUCAGCAAUACACAGCUGAGAAUGCAGACAGAGUGAAUUGGUGCAAGCAACGAAAGAUCAACAUGCGAAACAUGAGGCAAGCUCUGAAUAUCCGAAGGCAGCUCCGCGGUCUAUGUCUCAAGGAGAAGCUUUUGGAUGAGGCUCCGCCAGCCGAUCCCCAGCCAUUUGUUCCGAUCUCGCCAGAGCGUGCCGAGCAAGUUCUCAAAUGCUUUUUGCGUGGAUUUGCACUGAAGACUGCGAUGCUCGCUCCGGACAGCUCUUAUGUCACGGUGCAAGGCAAGCACGUUGUGGCCAUUCACCCCGCCAGCGUGUUACACGGACAGAAGAAGGAGGCCAUCAUGUUCCUGGAGCACGUUUAUACUAAUAAGAACUAUGCCAAGAAGGUCAGCGCGAUCCAAGCAGUAUGGAUUGCUGAGGCAUUGGAGGGUAGAUAG